AUGAACGAAGAAAGCCAGUUUACUGACAGAGCUUUAAAUAUUAUUACAAUUGCUCAGAAAUUAGCACAGGAUCACCAACAUCCUCAACUAACUCCUGUUCAUAUUUUAGCUGCUUACAUUCAAACUCCGGAAGAUGGUUCUAAACCAUACGUCGAGAAUUUAAUUGAGAAUGCCCGUUAUGAUUACGAAAAAUUUAAAAAGUUAGUCAAUUCGAAUUUUGUUCGUAUUCCUGCACAGAAUCCGGCUCCAGCUCAAGUAACGCCAAGCUAUGCUACAGGCCAGGUCCUUCAAAACGCUUCUAAACUUGCCAAACAACAGAAGGAUUCCUUUAUUGCUCAGGAUCAUAUUUUAUUUGCCUUGUUGGACGAUUCCUCCAUCAAACAAAUUUUUAAAGACGCUGGUAUCGAUGUUGAAGCAAUUAAACAGCAGGCCUUAUUGUUGAGAGGUAAUAGUAGAAUUGACUCUCGUGGUGCUGAUACUAAUGAACCAUUAGAAUAUUUAAACAAGUACGCCAUUGAUAUGACUGAACAAGCUAGACUAGGUAAGUUAGAUCCUGUGAUUGGGAGAGAAGAAGAAAUCAGAAGUACAAUUAGAGUUUUGGCUAGAAGAAUCAAAUCUAAUCCAUGUUUGAUUGGUGAACCAGGUAUUGGUAAGACUGCUAUCAUCGAAGGUGUUGCUCAAAGGAUUGUUGAUGAUGAUGUUCCAACCAUUUUACAAAAUGCCAGGUUGUUUAGUUUGGAUUUGGCUGCUUUAACCGCUGGUGCCAAGUAUAAGGGGGAUUUUGAAGAAAGAUUGAAAGGUGUUAUCAAAGAGAUUGAAGAAUCCAAAAGCUUAAUUAUCCUUUUCAUUGAUGAAAUCCAUAUGUUGAUGGGCAAUGGUAAAGAUGAUGCCGCAAAUAUUUUGAAACCAGCUUUGUCCAGGGGUGGUUUAAAGGUUAUCGGUGCCACCACCAACAAUGAAUACAGAGCUAUCAUUGAAAAAGAUGGUGCUUUUGAGAGAAGAUUCCAAAAAAUUAGUGUUCCCGAACCUACUGUGAGGGAGACUGUUGCUAUUUUAAGAGGGUUGCAACCAAAGUAUGAAAUUCAUCAUGGUGUUAGGAUUUUGGAUAGUGCUUUGGUAACCGCUGCUCAAUUGGCCAAGAGAUAUUUAACUUAUAGAAGAUUGCCAGAUUCUGCCAUUGAUUUAGUUGAUAUUUCCUGUGCAGGUGUCGCUGUUGCUCGUGAUUCUAAGCCUGAAGAAUUGGAUUCGAAGGAGCGUCAAUUGCAAUUGAUUCAGGUUGAAAUUAAGGCUUUAGAAAGAGAUGAAGAUGCCGAUCCUACUACCAAGAAGAGAUUGAAGCAAGCUAAGAAGAAGGAAGCCGAGUUGAAUGAGGAGUUGGAGCCAAUAAGAUUACGUUAUGAACAAGAAAGGGAAGGUCACUCGGAGUUGACAAAAGCCAAAAAGAAAUUGGAUGAACUAGAAAACAAAGCUGUUGAUGCAGAACGUAGAAAUGACACUACCACUGCUGCUGAUUUAAGGUUCUUUGCUAUUCCAGACAUUAAAACGAAGAUUGAGGAGUUAGAAAUGAAAGUGGCUGAAGAGGAAAUCCAAGCUGGCAGCGACUCUUUGAUUCAGAACGUUGUUGAUAGCGGCACUAUUUCCGAGACUGCAGCAAGAUUAACUGGUAUUCCAGUUAAGAAAUUGACUGAAUCUGAGAACGAGAAAUUGGUUCAUAUGGAGAAGGACUUAUCUAGUGAAGUUGUUGGUCAAUCUGAGGCUGUUAAAGCUGUUUCCAAUGCAGUGAGAUUGUCCAGAUCAGGGUUAGGAAAUCCAAGACAGCCAGCCUCGUUCUUGUUCUUAGGUUUAAGUGGUAGUGGUAAGACCGAGUUAGCCAAGAAGUUGGCCGGAUUUUUAUUUAACGAUGAAACUGCUAUGAUCAGAAUUGAUUGUUCAGAGUUGGGUGAAAAACAUUCCAUCGCCAAGUUGUUGGGUAGUCAAAAGGGUUAUAUCGGCUACGAAGAGGGUGGUAUGUUGACCAAUCAAUUAAAGAAUAGACCUUACUCUGUAUUGUUAUUUGAUGAGGUGGAAAAGGCGCACCCAGAUGUGUUGAAUAUCAUGUUGCAAAUGUUGGAUGACGGUAUUAUUACAUCUAGUCAAGGUGUCACCAUCGAUUGUUCCAACGCUAUUGUUAUCAUGACAUCCAACUUGGGUGCUCAAUUCAUUGCCCAACAGCCAGGUGCUAAGGUUAAUGAUGCAACCAAAGAACUAGUUAUGACUGCUGUUAGAGCACAUUUCAGACCAGAACUUUUGAAUAGAAUUAGCAGCAUUGUUGUUUUCAACAAAUUGUCGCACAAGUCUAUUGGCAAGAUUGUAGAUAUUCGUUUGAAAGAGAUUGAACAUAGAUUUGAAGAAAAUGAUAAACAUUACAAAUUGGACGUAUCUCAGGAAGCUAAAGACUUUUUAUGUAAAUAUGGUUAUAGUGAGGAUAUGGGUGCCAGACCAUUGAACAGAUUGAUUCAAAAUGAAGUUUUAAACAAGUUGGCCAUCAGAAUUUUGAAGGGAGAAAUUAAAGACAAGGAAACUGUUCGUGUUGUUUUAACCAAAGGUGCUGACAGUGCUGACAGUGCCGACAAAAGCAAGAAGGGUGAGGAAGUUUUGGAUGUUUUACCUAAUCACGAAUCAACAAUCGAUGACAUGGAUAUUGAUGAUGAUGAUGAUGAUGAUAUGUCUGGAAAUGAUGCAAUUGAUUUAGAUUGA